AUGCUCUUAAGAGAAGAUACAUUACCAGACAUAGGACUAGCCACGUUUGAAACAAAUCCAGAACCCAAAUCAACAGUUGCCUCGCCAGAACCCAGAACCGGAGAAGCUGAGGAUGACGAACCAUAUGGGUCAAGUGUGUUACAACAGUCAGUUUUCGGAGUUCGUCCUGCUCUUAGACAAACCAAAGCAUUCCCAGGAUUUGCCAAAAGAUUCAAUUCUUCGCAGGUUGCCAGUGCAACUACCAGCAGCACCAAUGGCACUACCGAGACGGUCAGCGAGCUAGCAGCAUCAGCAGGUUCAGCUAUCCAAACCGAGAUUGCUCCUAUUGUACAAAGUGCCAGUGAGACAAUUCAAGCCGUGGUUGAUACAGUGAGUCCAGAUCAGAUUGGAUAUUUCCAGUCGGUGGGAUUGGCACAGAGCUGGUGGUGGCCUCCUGGCAUGUUCCAACAUAUUUUCGAGAUCGUCCAUGUGAGCACGGGACUUCCUUGGUGGGCUACUAUUGCCAUGGUCACAGUGGGUAUGAGAGCAGUGAUGUUUCCCAUGUAUCUCAAGGCAUCUAACGCCACGGCCAAAAUGACAGCCCUAAAGCCCGAGUUGAACAGACUUAUGAAAGACUAUACCAAUAGCGACGACCCGAUUGCGGCACAAAAGACAUUAAUGGAACGUAAGAAAUUGAUGUUGGCACACAAUGUUAAGACUUCACACUUGUUACUUCCUAUGGCAUCAGUGCCAUUUUUCAUUGGCGUGUUUUCUGCACUUAAUGGCAUGUCUAAAGUGCCAGUUCACGGACUCACGAGCGAAGGAGCUCUAUGGUUCACAAACCUGGCAGCUGCUGACCCAUAUGUCGGUUUGCAACUCAUCACAGCAUUGUUCUAUGCCACGACAUUCAAACUCGGAGGAGAGACCGGUGCUAAUACCAUGUCGCCAGCCAUGAAGAAGAUAUUCACAUACAUGCCAUUGAUCGCAGUUCCCAUGACCAUGUCACUUCCAGCAUCUGUGUGUAUGUACUUUGCACUCAACGGUGUUCUUUCAGUCGGCCAGACAUUCCUUCUUCAAAACAAAACGUUCCGAAACAAAGUAGGACUCGCACCCAUUGUCAAGCCCGCCAUGAACCCCGAAGACAACCUGUCCAUCAUGGAAACCCUCAAACAGAGCUUCGAAAAGACCAAACAGCGUGCCGAAAAGGCCCAGCGCGAAGCCGAGCGCGAACUGCGUCUCAAAAAAGAAAAAGAGGCCGAAGAGCGAUCGAAAUACGUGCAGUUCACCAAAAAGCCCCGCAAAUAG